UGCUGCACACACCCGCAGUGACGUGCUCUGUGCACGCUGUCUGUGCACGCUGUCACUCAGCUGUGUCGGGGUUUUAGCCCUGCAGCGGACGCGCAUCAGCGUCACGCCGUGGUGGUCGGCGGAGCGCGUUAUUACGCGCUGGGGUGGCGCGUCCGGACAUCAACCUGUGGUCACCGCGCACAGAAGUAUUAAAGAGAGAACGAAAGUAAGAAAGGGGGAAGCAGCAAAAACACAACCAGGAUGUCUGGGAAGAACAGGAGUUUGUCUCUGGCGCAGGCGACGAACAGCACGGAGGUUUAUGUGCGCUCCGCUGUGGAUGACGACGACGACGAACUUCUGAGAUACAUCUGGAACGAGUACUUACACCCGAAACAGUACGAGUGGGUUCUGAUCAUCGCUUAUAUUGUUGUGUUCUUUGUUUCACUCAUCGGAAACUCGCUCGUUUGCUUUGCAGUUUGGAAAAAUCAGCACAUGCGCACUGUGACCAACUACUUCAUAGUGAACCUCUCCUUUGCUGAUGUUUUGGUCACCAUCAUCUGCCUGCCAGCGAGCCUCGUGGUGGACAUCACAGAGACGUGGUUCUUUGGCAGCACGCUUUGUAAAAUCGUGCCUUAUCUUCAAACUAUCUCCGUUUCUGUGUCUGUUCUCACUCUGAGUUGCAUUGCCCAGGACCGUUGGUAUGCGAUCUGCCACCCACUCAUGUUCAAGAGCACAGCCAAAAGGGCUCGCAAGAGCAUUGUUGUCAUCUGGGUUGUAUCAUGCGUCAUCAUGAUUCCGCAGGCUGUUGUUAUGGAGUGCAGCAGCCUGCUGCCGGAGCUCACAAACAAGACCAGCCUGUUCACAGUGUGCGACGAGCACUGGGGAGCUGAGAUCUAUCCCAAGGUCUAUCACAUCUGUUUCUUCAUUGUAACAUACCUUGCUCCUCUAUGCCUCAUGGUUCUGGCGUACAUCCAGAUAUGUCAUAAACUGUGGUGUCAGCAGAUCCCUGGAAGCACAUCAGUUCUGCAACGAAAGUGGAGGUCAUUCCAGUGCUCAUCUCAGUCUUCAGGGCCUGGAGAGUCUGUCAGGGUCAGAACCAGCACUGUUUGCGCUGAGCUCAAACAGGUCAGAGCUCGACGCAAGACGGCUCGCAUGCUGAUGGUGGUGCUGUUUGUUUUUGCUCUGUGCUACCUGCCAAUCAGCGUGCUCAAUGUUAUGAAAAGAGUCUUUGGAAGUUUCAAGAACACAAACGACAGAGAAACAGUGUACGCGUGGUUCACUUUCUCACAUUGGCUCAUAUACGCUAACAGUGCUGUGAAUCCAAUCAUCUAUAAUUUCCUCAGCGGGAAGUUCCGUGAAGAAUUCAAAGCAGCUUUUUCCUGUUGCUGCUUCGGCCGAGGCCAAACCGAGGCACAGAGGCGAAGAGCCAGAAUGAGCACCGGUAGCCGAAAAUCCCUGUCAACUCAAGUUAACAAUAUAGACAAUGUGUCACGCAUAUCUGAUCAGAUAGUGGCAUGUAACCAUGAUGGUGAGCUUUUGUAG